UCUCUACGUUUCAACAUAGCAAUGCUAACGCUUAGCUAGGAUAUCGCUGGUGUGUGUGUCGCAUGUCGCCAUUUGACAUCUUGUCUGUGGGGAAAUAGUCCUGGCCGGUGUGGAAGACCUCGCUACCAUUUCAUCGUACUUGUCUGGGAUGUAUGGAUGGAUAGUUGACGGAAUCUCGUCGCUGUUUGAGCCCAUUACGGGGCAAAAGCCCACUGAGUGGCCCGAGAAAGGGAACGUUAGCGCGGAGGAGUCCACUCGACCUGACAUCAGAGCAGCGAAGCAGCGGCAGGAGAGUCACGGCAGAGCAGCCAAACGGAACUACCAGAGUGUCGAUGUUGCAGACGGUGUUAGCGAUCCGGUAGAUGCGAAAAGACGCAGACGAGAUGUAGUCAUCAGCUUUGUGAAGAAGACUGUGGUCGGGGUAGCAGGUCUGCUCAGGCUGCGCAACCCUUUGACAAGCAGGCGUGAAAAGUCCAGACAUUAUGAAGAGACGCAGCCUGUCACUCUGAUGGGGAUAGAUGAGCUCCACACUUCUUGGCUGAACGGCACUGAGUGGAGAAUGGCAGAUAAACCAGUGGGUAGACUGAAUGACAGGGGUGUCAAAAAUCCCUUUCAGAGCUCCUCACCUCCUUUAAUGAGGAAAUACAGUGGGACAGCGCUGUCUGUUGGUCUCCCUGAAAGGGGAAAGGACAGGGAUAGGAGAGGCUCCCUCCAGCUGCUGCCCUCGCGGUCUGCUCUGAGGGGAGGAACCGCCAACCCUGAUCCAACCUGCAGUGGCUUUGGACACAACCGCUACUACAAGCCCAGUCUUACUGUGGAAGAGGCCAUAAAACAGAAUAACAAAGAGCACUACAGGCGCUUGCUGGAGAUGGUGACAGAAAAAUACAGCAAGAGUCAGCCACUGCCUUUCAAUCAAACAAAACCACAAGAUGAGUCGCUGUCACAGAGUGAUUACCAACCUGCUUUGGGGAAAACCUUUGAGUCAGUGCCCAGGAAGAUGGUUUGCCCCGCUGCCCCCAGCAUGUUUACAUGGAGAAAUGCAUCUGCAAACAAGGACAGGUGGGCUGGAUUGACUUUCAGCAAGUCAUUUACUGGUGGCUUUGAGAGCACACAGCCCGUCAGGAAUGCAAAGCAGAAAGAGGCAGCGGAGAUAGACCUCUCUACAGAAGUAGCGACUCGUCUCAAUCUCGUCGACAGAGAGUCUGCUGCUGUCGGCCUGCCUGACACGCAACCUGCACACACAACACAUACAAGGCACAGUGAUGAGGAGAUGCCAAAGAUGACAAAAGAAAUGGCAGUGGAGGUGUAUGGUGCUUUGGCUCAGCGUGAUCCUAAUGUUGUUCUGAGUUCAGCUUUCAAACUUCGCAUCACACAGAGAGACCUGGCCACACUGCAGGAGGGCGGCUGGCUCAACGAUGAGGUGAUAAACUUCUACAUGUCCCUGGUCAUGGAGCGUUGUUCUAGAGACACAGCAGGAUUCAAAGUUUACUCGUUCAGUACCUUCUUCUACCCAAAGCUGCGGGGUGGAGGAGGUGGACAGCCUGGAGGACACACUGCUGUGAAGCGCUGGACUAAGGCCGUGGACCUAUUUCUGUUCGACCUCAUCCUGGUCCCUCUGCAUCUGGGUGUCCACUGGGCAAUGGCUGUGAUUGAUUUGAAAUUGAAGACAGUGAGGUCAUAUGACUCAAUGGGCCAGAGGCAUGAUGACAUCUGCAGUCAGUUGCUGCUCUAUCUUAAAGAGGAGCACAAAGCAAAGAAAGGUCGAGAGCUCGACGCUGCCAAAUGGACUGUUGGAAGUUUGAGGACCACUGAGAUUCCGCAGCAGAAAAAUGGCAGCGACUGUGGUGUUUUUGCCUGUAAAUAUGCUGACUACAUUGCGAAAGGAAGGGCCCUCACCUUUAAACAGUGCCACAUGCCUCUCUUCAGGAAGAUAAUGAUUUGGGAAAUCCUCAAUCAGAAGCUGCUAUAAAGAAUUUAAACACUCUCCACUCCAUUAUCUGCCCAACAGAGACUUUCUUAUUUGGAGCAUCAACUGUGUAUAGUAAUUACAAGGCAAGGAAAAAAAAAAAAAAAUGGGCCAAAGAAGUGGACAAAAUGGAAUCCUAGGCCAAUCGGUUCUGGUCUGUAGAAAUCAAACACUAGUCUUAAGAGUUGAACUUGUCCCUUUUUCCUGUUUGGGAAAUGUUAAUGUGUAAUCUCUGAGUUGUAAUUGGAGACGUUAUUAUGGUGUUAGAAAUGUAUGUAUUGUACAAGCUUUGGCACUACUGACUGAAUGACUGGUUUGUUAGUUUGACUGUUUUGAAGUACUGCCUGAAGUGCCUUCAGCCCUCUGAGUCACAAACCAUUUUAAUUCAGGUCAUAGAACCUGGACUCAAAAUAAUUCAUGAUUGAGGUGGUUGUACUGAGCAGAUUAUUGGUGAAAUUUGGCACGUCUCCAAUUGCAAAAUACAUUCUCUGACAUGAAAGGUGAUGGAAAAAUUGAAAUACCUCUUCUCAGACAAAAAUGCAUGGUUGAGUGCUUGCAAUAUGAAAGAUUUGCUAUUAUUUAUGACGUGUGUGAAUGAGAAAAGUGUUAUAGUUAGUUUUUCCUCCAUGAGUAGAGCGUUAAUAGUUGGACGCCCAUAUGUAACACAAGGUGCUGUUAGUUCUGUGAGUCUUUUCCAUGAUCAUUAUACAAGAGGCUACUUAGGGCUAUGUCAUUAAGUUACAGAAUAGUACACUGCGAAACAAACUACUGCACACACAUGCAUGUUAGAGUUCAUGCUUUAAAAAUGUGAUCAUUUUGUUUUCCUCCCCUGUAAUAAAGUAUUUUUUUAAAUUGUA